AUGGUUGAAAUAAUUAUUGUGAGGCAGUACUCGAACCAACAGCUGUUUUACCUGUUUGGUUACCUGUAGUUUGGACUACCUUAUCUCCAUUUCUAUUGUUUGACGUGUUAUAUUUAGUAAAAACGAAUUAAUUCUAUUACAAAACAAAUUUUUUUAUUAAAAAAGAAGAAGAAAUGGCGAGGUACUUUAAGGAAAAAGAUAUUGAUGAAUUCAGGGAAUGUUUUUAUUUGUUUGCACGAUCUGGGACUAUCAAAAACCUAGAUGAAUUGACAGUGAUAAUGAGAAGCUUGGGAUUAUCUCCAACAAGGUCAGAAAUGACAGGAUAUUUAAGACAAAAAGGUGGUAAAAUGUCUUUCCCGGACUUUUUGGAAGUCAUGUACAUCCAUUCUAAAGUAGAAAACAUUCCAAAAGAAGUUGUGGAUGCUUUUAAAGCAGCAGAUCCUGAAAAUACAGGAAAAAUCUCGGCCAAACAGCUUAGAUAUUUGUUACAAAACUGGGGAGAAAGUUUAUCAUCCAAUGAAGUCGAUAGAAUCUUCAGAGAAGCUAACGUUAAUGCUAAUAGUAUGGUACGAUAUGAAGAUUUUGUUAAAAUUGCUUGUGCUCCUGUUCCAGAUUAUUACUAACAAUUUUUAUUGUUUAUCUUCCAUAUUUUUGUCAGUAAAAUAAUGUUUUAUUCAGUAUUAUACGAAUAUAAUGAAAUAAACAAUAUAUA